CGCAACAUGAAGCGGAAUGGGAGUCGUGGCCCCGUGACAAGAAAGACCAGAUUUGGGUCACGAGAACGGGACUGGCUGAAGGGGGACACCCAGCGGGGCUGUGUGUGUCUCUAUGGCGCCACCGUGGACCCUCAGCCUCCUGCCUCCGGCCCUCAGGCCUCCACCGCCCCUCAGACUGACCUGCAGUUGGUGCUUUGCUCCACCAGCACCACGGUGGAGGAGCUGUGCGCUCAGAGGGACGGAAAGGGACUUUAUGUUCAGCUGCACGGAGACCUUGUCAGGAGGCUGGACCCCUCCGAGCGUCCGCUCCAGAUUCUGUACGACUACCUGGCGUCUAUGGGCUACGCAGACCCUGUUCGGGUGCAGCAAGAAGCAGCCAACUCCGACCUCAGCUGUUUGAUCCGGUUCUACAGCGAGCAUCCAGUGAACGCCGACCAGCAGGAGCGCACUCUGCUGAAAGGCGUGUUCAGCGUCAGGAAGGGCAAGACACAGCUGCACAAGUGGGCGGAGCGGAAGGUCAUCCUCUGUGGCACCUGUCUGAUCGUGGCCUCGGUGAAAGACAGCCUGACUGGGAAGUUGCACAUCUUACCCCUGGUGGGGGGGAAGGUGGAGGAGGUGAAACGGAGGCUCCACUGUCUGAUGUUUAGCUCAGCUGGAUCCCAGGCCCAGACGUACUUUGUCAAUUUUGACACCCUGGCAGACUACCAGCGAUGGCAUCGACAGGCGUCCAAAGUGGUGUCUCAGACAGUCAGCAUGGUGGAUCUCUCCUGCUACAGUCUGGAAGCAGUGCCUGAGUAUCUGUUCUACAGUCAGGACAUCACCCACCUCAACCUGCGACACAACUUCAUGAGCCUGCAGGGGCCUGGAGGGCUGCUCAACCUCCCCAGGUUUUCCCAGCUGAAGAGUCUGAACUUGUCUCACAACCGUCUGGGUGUGUUCCCUGAAUGUGCGUGUGAGAUCCUCACCCUGACCGAGCUCAACCUCUCCUGCAAUAACCUCCAUGUGGUCCCAGUACAGAUAGGAAACCUUCAAAGCCUGCAGACUCUGUCUUUGGAUGGAAACCACCUCAGCUCCCUGCCCGAGGAGCUGGGUGACCUGUCCCAGCUCAACAGCCUGGGGCUCUCCUUCAACAACUUCUCCCACAUCCCUGCUGUGCUGGAGCGGCUGAGUGCAGUGGACAAGUUGGCCAUGGCUGGGAACAGAGUGGAGACUCUGGAGCUGUGUACUCUGGCCAUAAUGAGCAACCUGAAAAACAUCGACCUCCGGCUGAAUGGGCUGCGCUGGGUGAAGAGUGAGAGUCCAGACGCGGCGAGCCAGGUGACACAGCUGGACCUACGGGACAACUGCUUGGCCACGUUAGACCUGAGCUCCAUCUGCAGCCUGGAGACUCUGCACUGCCAGCGCAACCAGCUGGUGACACUCACACUCAGCGGUUCCACACUGCGCAUGCUUCACGCCAGCAGCAACCGCCUCACCACAGUCAACAUCUAUCCAGUCCCUAACCAGCUGACACACAUGGAGCUAUCACAGAACCUUUUGGAGUACCUUCCGGACUGGGUGUGUGACUGCAGGAAAAUUGAGAUGCUGGACCUCACACACAACCUCCUGUCGGAGCUUCCUUCCAGACUGCUCAACAGCUUGAGUUUGAGAAAGCUGCUGGCGGGGAACAAUCGUUUGCAGAGAGUGCCUGACCUACUUGACCACGUCCCUCUGGAAGCCCUGGACCUCCAGCACAACAAGCUGGCUGAACUCCCUGAGAGUCUCUUUUACAAAGCCUUAAACCUGAAAUUCUUAAAUGCGUCAGCCAAUGCCCUGGAAAGCAUUCCUCCUAGCAGCCAAUCAGAGGAGAGCCUCAGCACGCUCCAGGAGCUCUACCUGACGGGGAAUAAUCUGAAUGAGAACUGUGGUGCUCUGCUGGUUGGACACCAGAACCUGCGGGUCCUUCACAUCGCCUACAACCAGAUGCUCUCCUUCCCUGCCAGCAAGUUGAGUAAGCUGGAGCUGCUGGAGGAGCUCGACCUGAGUGGCAACAAGCUGAAGACGAUCCCCUCCACUGUGUCCAGCUGUAAGAGACUGCACACCCUCAUCGCACACUCCAACCACAUUACUGUCUUCCCAGAGAUCCUCAACCUGCCUGAGAUCAAGCUGGUGGAUCUGAGCUGUAAUGAGCUGACUGAGAUCCAGUUGCCCGACUCGAUGCCUGCUACUCUGCAGGAUCUCGACCUGACGGGCAACAACAGCCUGAUGUUGGAACACAAAACCCUCAACCUCUUCAGUCACAUCACAACCCUCAAAUUAGACCAGAAGCCCACCACGACAGCAGGGGACUCAAUGAGUGCCCCCACUCCCUGGAACCAUGGUUAUUCUGAAAUGAGCGGUCAAAGAAACAAGUUGUGUGUGUCUGUGCUGACUGUCGACCGGUUUGGAGACGGGGUGGAGGCAUGUUACGGUAUCUUCGAUGGAGACCGCAAUGAGGAAGUGCCUCGGCUGCUGCAGUGCACCAUGGGAGAUGUGCUGUGUGAGGAGCUUCAGCACUCCAGUAUCGACAAUGUGUACAUGUGCAACACUUUCCUCACCUCACACAGGAAACUAGGAAUGGCUGGACAGAAACUGGGUGCUUCUGCCUUGUUGUGUUACUUCCACCACAAGCCUUCAGAUCCGGGAGGCUACCUCAGCCUCACUGUGGCCAACGUGGGCACCUGCCAGGCAGUGCUGUGUCGGGGCGGCCGACCCGUACCUCUCUCUAAGGUUUACAGUUUGGAGAACUGCACUGAGGAGAUGGAGAGAGUUAAACUCAGUAAAGCCAUAAUUACAGAGGAUAACAAAGUGAGUGGAGUGACAUGCUGCUCUCGGCUGCUGGGCUGCUCUUACCUGACUCCCUGGGUGCUUCCAAAGCCCUGGGUGCACACUGAGCCGCUCUGUUCCCAGGAUGAGUUCUUGAUCCUGGGUAAUCGAGCUCUGUUCGAGUGGGUCUCCUACCAGGAGGCCGUGUGCACCGUGCAGGCUGUGCGAGAUCCACGUGCUGCUGCCAAGAAGCUGUGUACACUCGCCCAGAGCUAUGGCUGCAAGGACAACAUCGGGGCUGUGGUGGUGUCGCUGCAUAUCGGCGAGGACAGCUGCACCUGUGAGCCGCCAGUCUCCACCACUGAGCCCCGCGGUGCCCCUCCGGUCCCUGCGCCUGUAACCGUGACCCCGGGCCCCAGUGAACCAGCCAUCCUUUCAUCCAGCAGUGGUAUUGUCUCUGAGUUCAGCAGUGAGACGUCAGCCUCAGAGGUGGGCAGUGAGGCGGGGUCCACCGCUUCAGACGAGCACCAAUCAUCUGGGCCCGCACCCCGCCCAGAGAGACGGUGCAGCCUACACCCUGCCACUACGCUGUGUGGGAUCAUGGUGCCAGGCUCAGGUGGUUCAGGAACCCACCCGGGCCUAUUCCAGCGUCAGCCCUCCUGUGCUACGUUCUCAAGUAACCAGUCCGACAACGGCUUGGACAGUGACGAUGAGGCUCCACUUGAGGGGGUCAUCUCCAAUGGCAGCAAGUUAGAGGUAGAGGUGGACAUCCACUGCUGUGCUUUCCAGCUACGGUCAGGGUCCACCGAGAGCGCCCAAGACUUUGACCUUGACAAGCGUCACUCUGACUACCCCAACGGCAAAAUGCGCAGACAGAACAGCGUGGUGGUUUCUGCCACAAACGGCUGCCUGCUGGCUGUGUGUGGGAGAGAGAUCGCUGACCUUAAGAAGUCCCCUUCCACGUGCAGCUUGUUUGGGAAGAAGUUGUCCAAUGGCUCCGUGGUGGCUCCUGAGGACAGUCACAAUCUUAUUGAAGUGGCACUGGAGGCUCCAAAGAAAAAGUCUGGUUACUUCAAUGCCCCAGCACAGCAGGACCCAGAGGAUCAGCUGAUUGUUCCACCAAGUCUGGAGCAGGAAGUCAGGGAGCAGUUAAGAGGCCAGAGCCCGCUCGUCUCAGGCUCCUCCCUAACACCCUCCUUCAAAGAGCCUGUGUGGGAUCAUCCACACCCUCCUGCAUUUCCCUCCAACAUGGUUCCAGGUCCAGGCCCAGCUCCCUUUCUACAGCAGGAAGUCUACGAUACUGCCCUCUAGGGGGGGGACACAGCAGAGCGGCAUGUGGCUGCAGUUCUGUGAACGUGCCAUUCCAGGGAAGAGGAAGAGAUAUUUCUCACACGUGUGGGAUAUUCCAAUUCAAGUUGCCAUUCAGAUCCAUUGUGAGGACAAGACAAACCUGUUGGACCUUGACAGUCGUCAUCAGCGAUGUGGUACCAUUAAGUCGAGGUCAUGGGCUACUACUGAGUAUCCAAGAAAACAGGGGUGACCAAGUUCCUACUUCAUAACACGAUGUUGUGAAAAAGAUUGCAGGUUACUAUAGAGUAAAACCAACCUGACCUGACAUGGGGUACCUCAUGUGUGUAAACAUGUCAGCAAAAUUUCCCUUUACUUGGAAAGUCAAGCAAUCUGGAGGGUGUGUACGUGCAGAUGGUGUUCAGUGAGGUCAAAUCUCCUCUCCGGGGACUCUGUGGUCUCUCAGGUUCCGGAGAGAAGCCCUGUGACUGAGACUUGAAGAAGUGCCUACGAUCCAGCCUAGAGCUCCUCCACGUCCAGGCUGUGUUUAGGGAUGUGAGCUUGUUAGUUAAGGACAGACCGUGUCUCCGAGAGACCAGCGCUGGCACAGCUUUAGCUCUCCUCCUCUUCCUGUGGCUUACAAAGGGAACACGCAGUACAGAUGCGUGUAAGGCUCAUUGGAUAAGAAGAGGCGAGGACAAAAUAACUGCAUUUACAUGGCCAGAAACAUUACAUUUUCAUUGUAGGCAUGUUUUAUUUUUAAUAACCCCACACAAUAUAGAUCGAAAAUCGCAUAUAUCAGAUAAAUUAAUUAUUAUACACACUCAUAAUCAGCCUCUAGCUGAUGUUGUGUGCUUGAGCUGCUGACACUGAGAUUGAAAGGUAUUUCCAUUUAGAGAAUUGUAUUUUUGAAAACUGAUAAUUAUAAUAUAAACGUCAUUCAACUCUAGUGAGCUGAUUUGUCGUGGAUUCAAAAAUCCUGUGAUCAGUAUAAUCUGUGACUCACAUGGUCAUCUUCAAAACUACACAGGAAAAAAAAGUUAAAUUUAUUUUCAUAUGACUUAAGUAUUGCAGUUUAACAUUUAAAAACCAUACAACAGAGAAAAUAAAGAAAGAUAUAGAAUAAUAACAUAUAUAAUAUUUGAGGAAUACUUAAAGAUAAAUGAAAUAUAUAUAAAACAUAAUUAAGGUCAAGCAAAAUAGCAUUUAAAAAGGUAAAUGCUAAAUCUGUGUGAAGUCAACCUGUUAGAUGUCCACUCAUAGUCUUUAAAGGAUGAGUGUUUAAAUAUUGUCCCUGUAACACUGUCCAAAUAAUCAUCUCAUUUAAUUUAUUAUUUUUUAACAAACCAGUUGAUGCACAAAACUAAAAUAUUCCACUGUGUAUCAUUACAAAAUGAAGGAUACAUGCAAUCUUUUUAUGUAUUGCAAAUUAUGAAAUAUUUUCCUGGUACUAAGAUUGUGCAUUUUAGUAUUUAUCCAAACUUUGGAGGCUGCUUCACUUUUACAUUUCUAAACAUCCACCCACGUCCCUGGGCGCUACUGACAUUUGAACUUCUCAUUUCAAAUCUUUUUCUUCGGCUCACCUCUCCAAAGCACAACCCAGGUGAUUGUCAGUGUGCGUUAUUGUUAUGGUUUCGUCUGGUUUCCUGGAAGAUCUGGUCUGUGCACACAAGGUGUCACACAUUUUGGAGCAGGUCACACAUUUCUUGUUGGAAUUAUAGAAGGAAGUUGUCCAUUUUAUAUAACUUGAUAUAGCUUCUCUUGGUCACUCAGACACAUUGCAUCGAUCCUUAUUCCUGAUCUAGAGACGAUGUUUCCGGAGGAUUCAGAGGAUGUGCUCUAUUUUCUCUAUUUAGUUACACACUGUGUUUUCCUAAUUGUUUCCUUAAAAAAAAUGUAUGACCAAUCAUAUUCAUCUCAGUUGAAAGGGGGUUGUCAAAAACUACAUCACUAACAUUACUGCCCCCACCUUGUGCCAAAAGAGAGGACAGCUCUGCUGCUGGGCUGCUGUGCUCAUGACGGCCAUACGUUUGGUUAUAGCUCGUGGUUUCUACAUUAGAUGUAUAUUUUUAUGUAGCACUCCAACUUGGUAGUGGUGCAGUUCUGGCAUUCCUCAGCUGAAACCCGGCUGGACCUUUCAGUGUUCCCUUUAAGCCUUAAAGUAAAACACGACUCCUGGUUUUUAGAAGAUGGAGCCCCUCGAUUCAUCCACUUGUGUUCAGUGUGUUACUGAACUCUUCAGCUCUGCGGAGGAGGUUUUUUAUUAAAGCACCCCCCCCCCCCCCCCCGCUCCUUUUGUCUUUGCUCCACAGGAAUGAGUGAUAAGUCGCUGCUGAAGCCUUAACUGAUGUGUGAGUCUGAAACUUUUCCCUGUAAUUUAAAAGUUUUGUCUCUUGAAAGGAUAAAAAACUGUUAAAAGCACUUUGUACAUAAAAAAAAAGUAGUGAUUUUAAUAUAUGAGAUAGUGAUCAACAUGGUGUGUUGCGAUUUAUUGGGGCUUCCCUCAGCCCAACAUAUCACCUCUUCUUUAAGAAUACAUAGCCAGUGAGAAUGAUGACAAUUAAUUUAUGAUCGUUUUUAAUAUAAUGAAUAAUUCCCAUUUUAGUAAAUAUGAUUUUGUUUCAUCAGAAUUUUGUCUUGACAGCUAUUUAAAGUUUAAACAAGAGCACCACAAACAGCAGCAUCCUUAACAUCACUAACACUACAGUAAUCUGCCUGUAAAAACUAAAUUAUUGGGCCCCCUUCUGGCUGAAAAUGACGACACAGUUAUAAUUACCAUUAUUUAUGUAUCUAGAAACAUACAUACCUUUAUUUAUAUAUCUAGUAUUUAAAGCUGGAUAAAAAUAUUGAGCUAAUUGAUACCUUACCAGUAUCAUCCUGGUAAUGUAUUAAUUACCAGGAUGGAAAGUACUACGUGGAAAUGGUUUCGGAAAUUUCUCAUUUAAGUAGUAAUAAAUAAUGAGUUUCCUCCUUAUGCUUAUUAAUUAUUCACUUAUUUUAACUGUAGGUUGUUUUUCCUUUUUCUAAAUUCACCAGUGGGAAUUUAAGGCUGAUCAUUUAUUUCCAGCCACUAUAUUGAUCAGUGUCUGAGAUGCCAAACACCCGCGACUCUGUGUGGUUCUGACUCUUUGCCUUUCACCCACACACGUUAUCCGGUGUCUGGACUGAUGUCGGUGAAACACUGGGGGCCACCGGGGGUGCACCUGCCACAGGCCACAGGAGGAGCUAGAAAGAGCUGCAAGACAAAUGAUUGUGAAUACUAUUAGUACACGUCUGAAACAAGGUUUGGGGAACUGAGCUGUUUAUAGUGAGUUUGGAGUUGGAGAAGUUAAACUUCCCUAAAGGUUUCAUACUAAGUAGUGGUGUUUGCAACAGAUGUUGCCAACUCCCCCAUACAAAUAUGCAAAAUGUGUAUAAAUAUAAAUGUAAACCAGAGUUUCAUUUUCCAUCACCUGAAUCCACAAAAAUCUUUUUUUUCAAUUUGUCUGAAAAUAAAUAUUGACUGAUGUGUGUAUGUGUGUAUGAUACAUGUGCUUUGUAUGUAAUUUGCUCCUUUAUCUUUUUGUGCUACUUUGCAGUGUAGUUUUAUUAUUCUGGGCCCAGUUUUUGCCAAGGCAGGCGUCGACUGUAUCGCACAUUUCGUGCUCCUCUAAAACCACUUGGGUCACUUUUUUUACACAUCUGUUCGCUCACUGUCCACUUCUACUGUCUGUCCCCUGGCUGCCAUCACAUAUUCACCUGCGGUCCUGACUUCUGUACAUUUCCAACGUGAAGCGUGUUCCAUGAAACAAGCCAUUAGGAUCUUAAUCAGUGUGCAUGUACAUAUGCCAACAGUGUGCGUAGAUACAGGAAGAGGGAGCACAGGGUACAGUGCAUUGAAUUUAAAUAUUCCCUUUAAUUCUUAAGUGGAGGGGUCCAGUGGUAAAAAGCUCAUCACCCACCUUCCUGCACCAAAUUUUGAAAAAGAGUAGGCCACAGCGUUUUGUGGCCUACUUUUUUUUUACCUGCGCAUCAUUUGCUACGUGUACAGGAUCGUUUUGUGUCUGCACAACAUAACUCGCUCCUUGUACAACUACAGUCUGUUGCAACAUGUCUUUUAUGUGUAUGUAAAAUGAAGCUUAAGUGCACACGUACAGUAAGUGUAUGCAUGCUCGUGUGAAUAAAGGACCGACUGUAAUUCUGUGUGAACGUGGUGAAUGGAACCGAUUGAAGAGGUUUUCCAGUUGUUUAACAUGUGACCAAAGUAGCCGUUGUUUCGAUUUUCACAGUUCCUUUUCUCCGCAUUAGUUUUCUAGAAAUGCUUGAAUAUUUUUUUCACAAUGCCAAGAAGCCGACGUUUAUUUUUGUACCUCAUUGUUUUCAUGCAAAUCUAUAUUUCUCUCUCCACCACAGAAUCUGAAGUGACUGAGAUUCCACAUAAAUCGGUUUCUCAUGAUGGUACUUUUAUUUCAAGUUACUAAUUAUGACUGUAUUUAGUGUUCAAAGCAUGCCCUGAAUAUAAGUAAGGCUAAAAACAUACAAAAUGGGUUUUAUUUGGACAAAAAUGGAAUCAUAUCUAAUAUUUUUGGGUUUUGUAUUUUAGCAUGCAGAUUGCUGCUAAACUUUUAGGUUUAUGUUUAAGGAUUUAUUAUUUAGUAGAAGGACUAACAAUGAGCACUUUCGCUGUGUGUCAGACAGAACUGUAUUCCCCUGAAUUUUGAGAGAGGAAGGUAGUCGUCGUUUUAUUUGAAAUGCUGCUAUUUUUAGUUUUAAGCAGACGAGCUGUUUUUAAAUUAACUUUAAGCCAAGUAGCAAUAAACUUUUAACUGUGAUUUGUUUUGGGUUUUUUGUCCGGUGUCCAUUUUGCUCACCAUUCCAUGAUGAUUUCAUGCCAAUAAAUAUGAUCAAAGUCACUGUCUUUGGUCAGUAUAAGAUAUGA